UUAAUAAAGUAUCAAAGAUAAAAAUCAAGGUUGAAGAUUGUUAUGAGAUUUAAAGUAUUGGAAUUAAAAGAUAACAAGACAAGUCAGAUGCCUUAAAGUUCAAACAUAUAAGAACAUAAGUGAUACAUGGAGAUGAUAUCAUUGUAUACAAAAGCUAAAUUGUACUGUUCAUAAUAUUUCUAGCAAAUAUUCCUGGCGUGAUUAACAUAAAAGUCUGUCAUUUAUAAGAAGUUAACUUGUUGUAAAGUCACGCAGUGUAAUCACAGAAGUUAUAUAGACCACAUAAAAAGUAUUCUCCAUAUACUUUCUGUAACUGAACUCUGUGAAACAUAUGUUGAAUAUUAUAAAACGUGGGCAUAAAGAAUUCUGUUUUGAUAAUAAAUAAGAAAGUGAAAAAUUGAUAAUAGACAUGAUAAACAAUCAACAUUGUGUUAUUCUUAAUUCUGGGGAGACCAACAGUUAUCACCAGCCGGUCUCUGCAAAACCAUCUGUUGUUUCUGUAUCUAGUAUCGAUUCUGAUGUAAGUGAUAGAAGAGAUGUACGUGAAGAACUUUAUGCUGGAAUCUUCAGAAGACACAGGAAGACCAUACUUGUAUUAGGCAGUUUUCUCAAAAUGUUAAGGAGAUACUUGGAUAGAUUGCAUGCUCUGAACCGAAUAUAUGCCUUAAUUGCUUUACAAUUUGAAAUUGUUAUACAACAAAAAUUUUGGUGA